AUAGAUAAUAACCAUUUGUGUGUUAUUUUUAAAGUUUUACAAAAAAUGUAUCAUCCAAAAUUAUUCCUAUCCUACCUGAUCCGUAGAAAAUUGCAGAUUCUAUCACUUUGUAGAUCAGGGGUGUCAAACAUGCAGCUCAUGGGGCAAAAACGACACGCAGAGGGUCCAAUCCGGCCCCCUGGACAACUUUGUAAACUGUAAAAAUUACAGAGAAGACCUUAACUGCAGAUUGUAAAUUAUUAAAACUAUAAAUUUAAAAUAAUUUGUAGAAUAUGAGUAAUUUCUUCACUGAAUUUCCAGGGGUUUUUUUCUUCAUGUACAGAAAUUUGCUAAAUCCCUUCCUAAUUUUCCCUUUUUUCUCCAAGAACUGAGCUGAAAUCACUCAUUGUAAAGGGAGAAAAUAUUAAAAAUUAAAAAGAAAAAAUAGUGGAAACCUGAAAGAUUUUCUACUCUAAAUCCUUUCUGUUCCAGUCAAAUUGGAAUUAUUGUGUAUUGAUUUAAUUUAUCAAUAUUUUAUUCAUUAAAUCUAGUCCAUUUUAUAUUUACUAGUUUUAUCUGAUUUUACAAAAAUAAGUAAAUAAAUGAACCUUUAGGAUGACGUCACGUGGACCCGGAAGUGAGCAGAGCUGACAGUCGGACAUCAUGAGUGAAGAUGAAGCCACCCGCCGUGCCUCUUCUCCUCCUGGUCCUGCUCGCUGUUGCAGGGCUGAGCCGAGCCCAAGUCCAAACCUCUUUUCUGGACUGGUCCACGAUCCUUCCGAGUCUCAGUCGGCCGGCGAACCACAGCCGGAUCUUCUAUGCUGUGAUGUUCGACGCAGGGAGCACAGGAACUCGCAUUCACGUCUACACCUUCAUCCAGAGCGACUCGGCGGAGCUGCCUGUUUUGGACAAUGAGAUGUUCCAUUCCAUAAAGCCCGGUUUGUCGGCAUAUGCUGACUCCCCUGAAAUGGCCGGACAAACAGUGAGGAUGCUGUUAAAGGUGGCCAAGAAGACGGUGCCUCGUCUGGUGUGGAAGAGAACUCCUUUAGUUCUUAGAGCCACAGCAGGACUUCGACUGCUAUCUGCAGAGAAAGCUCACGCUAUUCUGGACCAGGUUCAACAUGUGUUUGAUGAAUCUCCUUUCUUGGUCCCAGACAACAGCGUCAGCAUCAUGAACGGCACAAACGAAGGAAUCCUGGCUUGGAUAGCUGUGAACUUUCUAACAGGGCACCUGACAGCACAAAGUAAGAAGACAGUGGGGAUUCUGGAUUUAGGAGGAGGAUCCACACAGAUCACUUUCCUGCCCAAACUGAAGAAAACCAUUGAAAGCGCUCCUGUUGAUGAUUUCAUUGCCAGAUUUGAAUUCUUCAACUCAACGUUUGAAUUAUACACUCACAGUUAUCUCGGACAUGGACUAAUGGCGGCGCGGCUGGCCACGCUGGGCGCUCUGGGUGCACAAGGGUUGGAGUGGCGGGUUUUUAAAAGUUCCUGUCUGCCAAAAAAGUUCAAGGAUGAAUGGAGCUUUGGAGGGCUGACGUACCGAGUGAGCGGGGACCCAGAUGGUUAUGCAGGAUACAAGCUUUGUUAUCAGGAAGUACUUAAGGUGGUGAAGGGGAUUAUUCAUCAGCCGUACGAGCUCCAAGACAGCAAUGUUUUCUAUGCGUUCUCCUAUUACUUUGACAGAGCUGUGGAUGCCGGCCUUAUCGACGGCGUCCAAGGAGGGAUGCUGGAGGUCAGAGAUUUCAAGAAGAGAGCCAAAGAGGUGUGCAAUAAGAUGACCAAGCACCCUCCCAUCAGUCCUUUCCUGUGCAUGGACAUGACCUACAUCACCUGCCUGCUCAAGGAUGGCUUCGGCUUUAAGGAGAGCACCGUGCUGCAGCUGACCAAGAAGGUGAACAACGUGGAGGCUAGCUGGGCUCUGGGCGCGACGCUGGACCACUUCCACAACCUGAAGAUCCACUGAGGAGCAGCAAGGAACAGACACUGGUGAUGAGACGCCGACUAAGGCGGCGCUCACUAACAAAGACAAGUAAUGCGCACUACCUUAUCUAACAGCUCCAGGCAUCUGCUGUUUGUUUCAGAAAGGCAGAGCUAACCUCGUGAGUGAUUCUUAAUUUCUUUUAUUCUCAAGUGCUAAUAUGCUGAGCUGUAAAUGAGCGAUGCGUCGCCUCACUCAGAAAACAAGUGAAGCACUGGAGACCGAAUGAAAGAUGAUACCAGUAAGACUCAGAGUUACCGGAUACACAAUUUGUUUGACAUGUUUUCCAGGGUGGCCUGGCUUGUUAAGCUGUUCGCCGCCAGUUGUUUACAUGCAGCGAUGGGAUAUACUGAGCUGUAGCGGCUUUUAAUGUCAACGUUUUUAGCAAUAAGGAUAACGGGUUUCCAUGUGUCUGGUACGUUUAAAUGUGAUAAAUCAGCCACUAGCCAUGUUUUCAUGACACAUUUUGGAGCAUUGCAUUAGAUAAAGUUAGUGGCAAAUGUCUAAAAAAAAGUUGCUGAAGAACAAAUUUUACGCCUACUUGAGAUGGCUUUGACUUUAUUCUGAAAAGGCUCUCACGUGACUCAUCAGGUAUUCAGCAUCUUUUUUGUUUUUUUGUUUUUUUAAUCUCAGGACAGCUGACAUGAAAGAUUAAAUACUAUUGUACCUAAUUGACAACAAUUCUUAAAGUCCUGGAAGACUCAUUUUUGACCCAAAGAUGCCAAAGUUUUGUUUCCAGCUUUUUAUCCUCCGUGUAUCAAAUCAUGUAGCUUAUUCCACCUCCUUCUGAAGACACUACCAAGCCUAGUUUAUUAACUCCAAAGCAGUUCAUUAAUUUGCAUUUUCCUUUUUUAAGUUCACUUUACACUUCUAUGGAAACAUGGCUACUGAGCUUUUGGAUUGUUCCUCUCUAUCGCUCCAUUUCAACCUCAGACUUUUCUGUUUACAAUGAUAAAUACACAGAACAAUUCCUGAUCAUCAGAGUCUCACAAAACCCGUCUCAGUAUUUCUUUGGGAGCAUUUGUUUUGAAAAAACUUGAGGAAAAAUGUUGUUUUGUACAAACUUUGCCACUUCACACUUGUCAAAAUAAAACCAUCAUUAGUUGCUAAUUACAAAUA